AUGACGGGAUACAGGAGAAGAAGAGGAGGAUCUGAGCCAGCAUCAAGCAAUCACGUCACAAUGUCCGCAGUGACAUCUAUUCUGAUGCGAAACGCGUCAAACUCUGUAAACGCGAACACAUCAAUGCCUCCUUCUACAUAUACGGGCACUUACAUCGACUCAAUCAUGGUUCCUUCCAUGGACCCGACUGCACUGAACACGUCGAUUACAGACGUUUACACGGCUACCACCGCGCCAGACACGACCACAGAGGUUCCACCAUCCAUGGAAAUAUCGAUAAAAACCACCAACUCUCCAUCAAUUCCCCCAAGUUUUUCUAAAGCUACUUCUAGAGGUAUCACUAGUAAUACCAAUGCCCAAUCUCAACCCACGACUCCUGAGACGAAUACUUCAGCCGGCCCUUCGACACCGACCGCAACCACACCUGCCGCGCAGUCUGCCAGCUCCUCCCCCAAUGAAGGAUUCGGGCCCGACCAGAAAGCUGCCCUGAUAAGUGGACUGAUCAUUGCCAUAGCAAUGAUCGUCACAACUGCCUUUUUAGUCCGAUACCGGAGUCUUCAAGAACGUGAACGCCUGGCUCAAGAAGCGCACAUCAUACCUGCGUCUUCGCCAGACAGAUCUGGUCCAUCAAUGGCAGCUGCGAAUGGCUUGAACGAUACCAACAACAGCGGCACACCAGGAGUGGGCGAAGCUAGACUCGCCGUUCGCCCUGCCCUAACUCGAAGGAUGCUGUUUAGUGAGCUGUGGCCGGGUCAAACAAGGGAUGCAGGGCGGCGCUACAUGAUCUUUGUGGAGCCGAGCACCACGGAAGAGACUACACCGGCGAUGGGAGACAGACGGAGCAAUGGUAGUCGUGAUUGCAGCCCGAGUCCGACUCCCCUUAUUCCAAUGGGACCAGCUGGCGCAGAAGCCAAUGCGAAAUGGAGCCAUGGUAGAUAG